AUGACGGCGGCAAACACGACUUCCGCGCCGCAGCCAGACAGCAAGUACCGCUCUUCGUGGUCGCAGCCUGGCUCGGCAGAACGCAACGCGCAGCCCAUCGCACAGGCACUCUCGUCGCUGCUUUCUUCCGCUGCGACAACAAGCUCGUCCCCACGCAGACCCGUGGUUCUCGAGGUGGCUUCUGGAUUCGGGCACCAGAUCUGCGCCAUUGCAUCUGCGUAUCCGCACUGCCGCUUCCACCCAAGCGAAGCUGAUGCCUACCUACGCAGUGAGAUCGACACGCGCUCUGCCGACCUGCCCAAUAUUGCCAAGGCGGAACCGCUGGAUCUGCUGAGCCAGAACGACUGGCGCACGCUUGUACACAAUAUUGCUGGAGAAACGCAGUCUUCAACCCCUGCCUCGGAAGAAGACCAAGGACUGUUUGACGGCGUCAUCGCAUGCAACCUGCUCCACAUCGCACCGUGGAGCGUCACCGAGAGCCUGUUCAGCCACCUCGACCCACGGGUCAGCUACGUGACACAGCAAGGAUACAGGAACCUGCUCUCUCUCCGCAACGGCUGGAUCGCCGUCUACGGUGCGUUCAACGAGAAUGGCGCUUUCACAAGCGAGGGGAACGCCAAGUUCGAUGCGGACAUUCGCGGUAGAGAUCCGGAGUUCGGGCUGAGAGAUGUUCAAACCGAGCUGGUGCCACUCGCUGCUCGGCACGGGUAUGAGCUGACGGACAGGAUAGACAUGCCGGCGGGCAACUUGCUUCUCGUCUUUCGUGUGCGCAAGGAGUAG